AUGCUGUCUUUGGUGCCGAGUUUGUUGACGUUAGCAAUGAAGCAGGUUUUUUUGACAAUUGAAUGGUCAAAACAAGGUGCACCAGCAUGGCUCCGAGCAACUCGUGGUCUGUGUUUGGAAGGAACAUGUUUGAAUUCUGGGUGCGAGGCUAACGGUGAAAAAGUCAUUAUGUCUAUAGGUUAUAGGAAAUUUGAUCUCGUGUCGGAUACAAAUGAAUCGACAACAAGAUGCCCAAUGUGCUCAAAAUAUGUUGAACCGAAAACAUGUAGUUUUAACAACUGUUGGUGGAAAUGGUCGGGCAUCAAACAAAUGACUAAAACUGAAGCGCCUACUCGAUGCUCGGGUGAUUGGAAAUACGCUAAUGACGCUUAUCACUAUUUCGAUGAAGACAAAAGUGGAACAGUCAUAUGGAGAAAAUUGAUGCUUGAAGCUGUUAAGGAUAAACCGAUACAUUGA